CAUCGCCAGACCUUCGACCUCUGUGCUUCCUCCCAGCCAGCUCUGGGCCGCUGUCCACCAACUUCUGAUUGUUUCUUAAUUUCCUCCUUCUCCUCAUCAUGCGAAUCCGCUAUCCUUUUGCGGGCGCCUUUGUCUUCCUCCUCAUCCUGGCCGCCUACAUCGGCCUCCUCCCCCACAGCGACUCGUCCAGCAUACCGUCCCAGCUGCAACCCAAUGACAAAUUCCUGCAUGUCGUGACCUUCUUCCUCCUGUCGCUCGUCUUCUACUGGAUCCCGGACACCUCGCGCCGCCGCACCCUGCACCUAACCCUCGUCGUGUGCACCCUCAUCCUGGGCAUCGGCUCCGAGAUCGUCCAGGGCCUGCUCCCCAACGGCCGCACCUUCGACCCCUUCGACCUCCUCGCCAACAUCGUCGGCAGUCUGGGCGCCGUCGGCCUGUGCAGCUGGUACCAUCGCCGCAUGCUCGACCGGCGCCGCAAGGCCCGCUUCGGCAGCCUGGGCGGCGGCGACGGCGCCGACGACGACGUGGAGCUGGGGCUUGCCGGCAGCGGCGGCCACCACCUCGAUGACGACCAUGACGGCCUCGGCCCGCAGGAGACCGGCGUCCUGAACCUGGAGCAGGAGGUGGACAACUGGGACGAGAACGCCGUGGACAAUUGGGACACGGAAGAUGGGCCGGACGAGCUAGGCGGGACCGCCGGGACUUCGCCGGGGGAGGCCGGGGAUGGGAAGAAGCGGAGUGAUUGA